AUGAUUGACCCUGCUGCUGUAAAGAAAAAGAUAGAAGAGUUUAAAACAUAUUUAGCAGAACUUAAGUCUUUGAAGAAAUCCAUUAAUUCAACAACGAGCAGAAGAAAAAUCCAAACAAUAUUUGAUAAAUUCGAGGCAGAAUCCGAACAAACUACAUUUGAGUUCGAAAAAUACAAAGGCAAGGAACUCAAAGACCUCAAAAUAAAAUAUACAGACUUAAUAGAAGAAUUCGAAGAAAUGAAAGAUGACUUAUACCAUCAGAUAACCAAGCUUGAAGCUAAUGGUGGCAAUGAGGAAUAUCAUACUCCUGAAAAACAAGAACCGCAGAGUGAUGCCUUAAUCAGAUACGAACAGGAAACAGAAGAAGUCGAUUACCUUGCAAAUGAAACUCGUGAAAUAGCAAAUGCAAUGAGGGAUAUCGAUAAUGUAACCAAUAAACUCAAUGAUGAAAUUCAAAACCAGCGCUUCAUAGUAAGAUCUGUUGAUGAUAAAAUCCAAGCUACUACUGAGACGAUGGAAAAAGGAAACCAGAGUCUUGAAAAGGCUCAAGAAUACCAACCUAAAUGUCGAAUCUAA